AUGACCACUUUACUGCUGGUGUUUGUGACUCUGAGGGUCAUCGCUGCAACCAUCUCAGUAGAAUUUCCAGACCAUGACACCUCAUUGAGUGUGAGCAUCCCUGAGCCUUCCCCUCUGCGAGUCCUCCUCGGAAGCUCCCUCACCAUCCCCUGCUACUUCAUCGACCCCAAGCACCCUGUGACUACCGCCCCCUUCACUGCCCCCCUCGCCCCAAGAAUCAAGUGGAGCCGUGUAUUCAAGGAGGAGGAGGUGGUUCUCCUGGUGGCCACCGAGGGGCAUGUGCGGGUCAACAGUGCCUACCAGGACAAGAUCUCACUGCCCAACUACCCAGCCAUCCCCAGCGAUGCCACCCUGGAGAUCCAGAAUCUUCGCUCCAACGACUCUGGGAUCUACCGCUGUGAGGUGAUGCAUGGCAUUGAGGACAGCCAGGCCACUGUAGAGGUGGUGGUGAAAGGCAUCGUGUUCCAUUACAGAGCCAUUUCCACGCGGUACACUCUGGACUUUGACAAGGCGCAGCGGGCCUGCCUGCAGAACAGUGCCAUCAUCGCCACACCCGAGCAGCUGCAGGCCGCCUAUGAGGAUGGCUACCACCAGUGUGACGCUGGCUGGCUGGCCGACCAGACCGUCAGAUACCCCAUCCACCAGCCCCGGGAAGCCUGCUAUGGAGACAGGGAUGAGUUUCCUGGAGUGCGAACCUACGGCAUUCGCGACACCAACGAGACCUACGACGUGUACUGCUUCGCUGAGCAGAUGGAGGGUGAAGUCUUUUAUGCCAGGUCCCCCAAGAAGUUCACCUUCCAGGAAGCAGCCAUGGAGUGUCGGCGACUGGGUGCCCGGCUGGCCACCACGGGCCAGCUGUACCUGGCCUGGCAGAAUGGCAUGGACAUGUGCACUGCUGGAUGGCUGGCCGACCGCAGUGUGCGCUACCCCAUCAAUAAUGCCCGGCCCAGAUGUGGGGGCAACCUCGUGGGUGUGAGGACCGUCUACAUGCACAGCAACCAGACCGGCUACCCAGACCCUUUAUCCCGAUACGCCGCCAUCUGCUACACAGGUGAAGACUUCUUGGACAUACCAGAUAACUUCUUUGAUGAGGGUGGUGAGGAAGACAUCACCAUCCAGACAGUGACCUGGCCUGAAGUGGAACUACCCCUGCCCCGAAACACCACUGAGGGUGAAGCCAGGGGUAACGUGAUUGUUACAGUGAGACCCAUCUUCAACGUCUCACCCACUGUCCCGGGGCCCUUUGCCCCAGUCCCUGCCUUCCCUGAGGCUGAGAACCAGACUAGAGAGACCGCCAGCACCUGGGACUUUCCCGAGGAACCCACGUCAGGACUGGGACCUGACUCGACCUUCACAGACGAAGACUUGUUCAUGCCAGUGACCGCCGCUCCAGAUGGAGUCCAGGUCCCAAGGGGGGUCGUGUUCCACUACCGCCCUCAAUCCACCCGCUACUCCCUGACCUAUGAAGAGGCGCAGCGGGCCUGCCUACGCGCAGGCGCAGUCAUCGCCUCCCCAGAACAGCUCCAGGCGGCCUACGAAGCCGGAUACGAGCAGUGUGACGCUGGCUGGCUGCGGGACCAGACAGUCAGAUACCCCAUUGUGAAUCCACGGGCUGCAUGUGUGGGUGACAAGAACAGUAGCCCGGGGGUCAGGAACUACGGUGUGCGCCCAUCAACGGAAACCUACGAUGUCUACUGCUACGUGGACAAACUCGACGGAGAGGUGUUCUUCGCCACACGCCUGGAGCAGUUCACCUUCCAGGAAGCUCUGGAAUUCUGUGAAUCCCAAAACGCCACGCUGGCCUCCACGGGCCAGCUCUACGCUGCCUGGAGCCGUGGCCUGGACAAAUGCUAUGCUGGCUGGCUGGCUGACGGUACCCUUCGCUACCCCAUCACCAGCCCGAGGCCCGCCUGCGGUGGGAAUAAGCCGGGUGUAAGGACUGUAUACCUCUACGACAACCAGACUGGCCUCCCAAACCCGCUGUCUCGGCACCAUGCCUUCUGUUUCCGAGGUAUUUCAGCGGUGCCUUCUCUAAGAGAAGAGGAGAAUGGCGAACUCACACCAACCCCCAGCUUGGAGGACUGGAUCGCUACCCAGGUGGUACCUGGCAGGGCUGUUGCCCCGUUGGGGAGAGAGAUGACCACAGUCCCCAGCUAUACUACUGAGUCAGAAACACAGACGGAAUGGAGACCAACCUAUACCCCAGUAGACACUUCUCCACUAUCAGAGGAACCGUCCACCUCGGAGGAACCGUCCACCUCGGAGGAACCAUCCACCUCGGAGGAACCGUCCACCUCGGAGGAACCAUCCACCUCUGAGGAACCAUCCACCUCUGAGGAACCCUCCUCCUCUGAGAAACCAUAUACACCUUCACUCUUAGUGCCUAGUGAGACUGCGCUGCCAGGCUCUGGGGAGACACCUGGGGCUCCCGAAGUCAGUGGUGACUUCACAGGCAGUGGAAAAGCUCCAGGAGGCUUUGACUCUAGUGGACAGCCCUCAGGAGAAAGUGCAAGUGGACUACCCUCUGGAGACCUUGAUUCCAGUGGACACAUUUCCACAGUGGGCUCAGGCCUACCUACAGGAAGUGGACUGGCCUCAGGUGAAGAAGACAGAAUUGAGUGGUCCAGCACACCUGAGAUUGGCAAGCCAUCCACUGGAGGCGAGGCCAUAGAGGGCUCUGUUUCUGGAGGAGGGGACUUCAGUGAACUUCCUUCUGGAACAGAAGGUCUUGAGACCUCUGCUUCUGGAGUAGGGGACCUCAGUCAACUUCCUUCUGGAGGAGAACAUAUAGAGACUUCUGCUUCUGGAGUAGGAGACCUCAGUGGGCUUCCUUCUGAAGGAGAAGAAGGUAUAGAGACUUCUGCUUCUGGAAUAGGAGACCUCAGUGAACUUUCUUCUGGAACAGAAGGUAUAGAGACUUCUGCUUCUGGAGUAGGGGACCUCAGUGGAUUUACUUCUGGAAGAAAAGGCAUAGAGACCUCUGCUUCCGGAGCUGAGGAUUUUAGUGGGUUGCCUUCUGGAAAGAAAGGUUUGGUGGGAUCUGCUUCUGGACCUGUGGACUUUGGAACUCUAGGAAGUGGGCAAGCUCCAGAGGCAAGUGGUGAAUAUUCUGGUGGGGAGCUGGGAAGUGGCACAUUGUCUGGCCUACCUGACUUUAGUGGCCUUCCAUUUGGGUUCCCAACUAUCUCCCUAGUGAAUACUACAUUGGUGGAAAUGGUCACGGCCACCACUUCAGGGGGACUCGAAGGGAAAGGAACCAUCGGAAUCAGUGGUGCUGGAGAAACAUCUGGGCUGCCGUUCGAUGAGUUAGACAUUAGUGGUGGAACUAGUGGACUACCUUUAGGAACUGAACUCAGUGGCCAGGCAUCUGGUUCUCCUGACAUCAGCGGGGACACAUCUGGAGUCUUGGGUGUUGGUGGGCAACCAUCUGGCUUUCCUGACUUCAGUGGGGAAACAUCUGGGUUUUCUGAGGUGACUGAGCAGCCAUCAGGGUUUCCUGGCACCAGUGGUGAAACAUCUGGAGUGACUGAUCAUAGUGGACUGUUCUCUGGACAACCAGAUGUCAGUGGAGAAGGAUCUGGAGUUGUCUGGGGCAGUGGUCAACCAGUAACUGACCUAAGUGGAGAAACAUCUGGGGUCCCUGAUCUCAGUGGGCAGCCAACAGGGUUGCCAGGGUUCGGUGGGUCAACAUCUGGAAUCCCUGAUCUGAUUUCUGGUGCUGUGAGUGGCAGUGGUGACUCUUCUGGCAUUACAUUUGUGGACACUAGUUUCGUAGAAAUGACCCCUACUACGUUUAAAGAAGAAGAAGGUUUAGGAUCCGUGGAAGUCAGUGGCCUUCCUUCUGGGGAGGCAGAUAUGUCUGGGACAACUGGAAUGGGGCAGAUCAGUGAACAAUCUUCUGGAGAAAUCGACUCCAGUGGAUUUCCAUCCCAGGCUCCAGAAUCCAGUGGCCUGCCAAGUGGAAUAGAUGAAGCCAGUGGAGAAUCUUCUGGAGUUGAGGUUGGGAGCAGCCUGCCUUCAGGGGCAUAUGAAGGCAGUGGACUUCCAUCUGUUUUCCCCACCAUCUCUCUCAUAGACAGAACUCUGGUAGAAUCUGUAACCCAGGCCCCUACAGCCCAGGAAGCAGAAGGGGCCUCGGGCACUUUGGAAUUCAGCGGUACCCAUUCUGGAGCACCAGACAUGUCUGGAGGCCAUUCUGGGUUUUUGGAUGGCCUAAGUGGGCCACAAUCCGGGCUUGGAGAGUCCAGUGGGAACCCUCCGAGCACUCCACAUUUUAGUGGAGACUUUUCCAGGAACACCGAUGUAAGCGGAGAACCUUCUACAGCCAUAGGCAUCACUGGGGAAGCCUCACAACUUCCAGAAGUUACUUCAUUCACUUCUGGUUUUGUGAUGGGUACCACAGAGCCAAGUCUUUCCCAGGAAUUCAGCCAAAGACCUCCUGAGACACACUCCCAGGUUUUUGAGUUCAGCGGGGAAGUCUUGGCAUCUGGGGACAUUAGUGGAGUUACACCAACUUUCCCCAAGUCUGGGGUAGAAACGUCAUCUGCUCCACAAUCCAGCAGUGAGACAUCUGAGGCUGGCGUGACUGCUACCCCCGAGGGCAGCGGGAAAACUUCCCUGUCCCCGGCUCUGAAUGGAACUACGUCCAUCCUGGGUGGGAGCCGCAGCCCAUCUACUUCCCAGGAAAGCCCCAGUGAGGGGUCAGCCACCCCAGAAGUGAGUGGAGAGCCAACUUCACCCUAUGAACUGGACACUCGCACCUCAGGCUUGUCUUGGGCUCCACUCCCAACUUCAGGAGACAGAACUGAAACCAGCGGAGACCUGUCUGGUCACACGUCAGGACUGAAUGUUGUCAUCAGCACCAGCGUCCCAGAGGCUGAGUGGGCCCAGCAGACACAGCAUUCUGCAGAACUACACCUGGAAGUCCAGUCUUCGGGUCCCUUGCGCUCAGGAGAAGAAACCCCCAAAACUGAAACAGCCACCCACCUAAUAGAUGCUGCCGUGCCAACUUCUCACAGAGAGACAGGUGAAUCGGGACCCGCUCUAAUCCCAGACAUUGAUGAGUGCCUCGCAAGCCCUUGUCUGAAUGGAGCCACCUGCGUGGAUACCACCGGCGGCUCUUUCACAUGCUUAUGCCUUCCCAGCUACGGAGGGGACCUGUGUGAGACCGACCAGGAGGCAUGUGAGAAGGACUGGACCAAGUUCCAGGGUCACUGUUACCGCCACUUCCCUGACCGCAAGACCUGGAUGCAGGCUGAGAUCCACUGCCAGGAACACCAAGCCCACCUGACCAGCAUCGUCACUCCUGAGGAACAGGAGUUUGUCAACAACAAUGCUCAAGACUACCAGUGGAUUGGCCUGGCUGACAGGACCAUUGAAGGGGACUUCCGCUGGUCAGAUGGACAUCCCGUGCUGUUUGAGAACUGGCGUCCUAACCAGCCCGACAACUUCUUUGCGGCUGAAGAAGACUGCGUGGUGAUGAUCUGGCACGAGAAGGGCGAGUGGAAUGACGUCCCCUGCAACUACUUCCUGCCCUUCACGUGUAAAAAGGGCGCAGUGGCCUGCGGACAGCCCCCGGUGGUGAGACAUGCCAGAACCUUGGGGCAGAAGAAGGAUCGAUAUGAAAUCAACUCCCUGGUGCGGUACCAGUGUGCCCAGGGCUUUCUGCAGCGCCACGUGCCCACCAUUCGGUGCCAGCCCAGCGGGCACUGGGAGAAGCCUCAGAUCACCUGCACGGAUUCCACCAACAAGCCCCAACGGAGCUCCCUGCAGAAAAGCCUCCCCAGCUCCAGCCACUGA